CGAUGCAAUCCAACAAUUUCGUCCUUGUCACGUGACGUGGGUAGUAACAACUUCACUGCGUCGGAUGCGCUGAAUGGGAAAAACGCAGGAUUACAUUAAUGCAAGUUGCAUGUUCCUCUGGCACUGAAGUGGUGAGCGUCUGUGUGUGUGCAACUGCGCAUUCACAAUGUCGGUGGAACUGGACAUGAGGGAGGUGAAGCAGGUGGUAGUCGGGGAGGAGAUUGAGACCCCCUUGGACCUGGCCUCCAAAAACACUGAAGAUGCCCGUGAGGUUUUCGUCAAGGAGGAACCCACUGCACCGAUGCAUAUGCCGUCCUACCAGCAUGAAAGCCUGCAAUGUUUCCAGUGCUUCAUCACCUUCUGCAACUCCAAAGCCAAGGAGAGGCACAUGAAGAAGAGCCACCGCGAGGAGUACAAGCAGCAGCUGCAACAGCAAAGCGACACGCUCUUCACCUGCUACGUUUGUGACCACGCCUUCCAGUCCUCGGUGGAGCUGACCAACCACCAGGCUGUCCACAGCAAGGAGGACAAGCCCUUCAAGUGCCCGUACUGCCAGGAGAGCUUCCGCACUUUCUCAGAGGUGACGUCCCACCGGCGGAACGUGUGCCCGGAGAAGCCCUACCCGUGCCGGGAAUGUGGGAAGUCCUUCCGGGGCAUUCACACGCUGCGCACGCACCGGGCCUCCUCCCACCCCGAGGAGGUCCCCGACGGCGGGGACGGCGAGAGCAAGGCCCGCCACUGCGCCAGCUGCAACGGCCGCGGGUUCAAGAGACGGGGCCGGCCGCCCCGCGAGGUGGAGCCGGCCAACGGGGAGAAGAGAGAGCGGCUGGAGGAGGACCGGGGAGACGGUGACCGGCCGGAGACCAAGCCCAAAGCCCGAAGGGGGCGCCCCCCCAAACCGGCCCCGCCGGCCGACCCGCCCCAGGACCGGGCCGAGGCGGAGGGGCAGGCGGAGGGGCAGGCGGAGGGGCAGGCGGAGACGGGCGCCGCGCCGCAGCAGGCCUGUCCGGAGCGCGAGGCCUCCGUCCCCCCGGCCUCCCAGCUCCGAGCCCAGAGGAAGGAGCAGCACGGGAGGCCGGCCCCGCCACGCAAGCCCCACGCCUGCACGGAGUGCGAGGAGAGCUUCCCCCGGCCGGAGCAGCUGGAGGCCCACGCCUGCCGCGCGCACAGCGCCGCCCGCCACACCUGCCCCGCCUGCGGGAAGAGCUUCGGCCGCGAGAACAGUCUGAGGGCGCACCAGCAGAGCCACGCCGGCCCCGGGGAGCCGGCCCAAGGGGACUGCAGAUAGUGUGGAGAAGGGGGGAUUAAAGUCCAUCAGGGAUGCGCCUCUGAAUUCAGAAUAGGGGGUUGGGUUAUGAAAAAUUGGGCUGGAAUUUUUUAAGUAUAAAUCUAUAUUUGUAUUUGAAUACAAAUGAGGCAGCUAAGAUUUUGAAGUGUUUGAAUUGUCGCUUUUAGGAUGACUGAUCCGUGGCUUUUUUUGUGGAUCCGUUUUAUAUAUAAGAAUUUAACCUGAAAGUGAUGCGUUGCUUGGGUGUAAAGAAUUGAUCUAUUGAAAGCGACAUUUUUAUGAUGCUGGGAUAUUCUGGAGUGGAGUUGUGAGUUUUUGAUCUUUCAUCUUCAGUCUUCAGUAUUUCAGUGCCCACAGAUGGGUUUUCAUAUGGUAAUGCAUUUAUAUUUAUGUCUUGGGAGUUAUUAAAAAUGCAACAAAUUAUUUUGGCUCCCAAGAAGAGCAGAAUACACAAUUUAUUUCUUCUGCAGGAAAGUGUGCUGCUCUGAUGCUGGGGCCUUUUGUCACCUAACUGAUAAAAUCCUUCCCAAAAUUAGGAGGUGUUUGAAAUCUUGUUUGUCCUCCAUUUGUUGUAAUUAAUGCCUGUGCCCCAACUUGGAAGUCAACAGUACCUGUGUGUGUGUGUGUGUGUGUGUGUGUGUGUGUGUGUGUGUGUGUGUGGGGGCCCCCUCUACCCACCUUGGCAGUGGUGGACUUUUCUGGCAGCUGGAAAUGGGGCAUUUCCUGUCUUCUUUCUGGUGCAGUCAUGCGUUCAAACACCUGUGGAAAUCACCAUGGUAACAUCCACAUUUGCAUGGGUGCACACCAUUCUACCAUCUGGUGUGACGAGAACCUGCAAGAGAAUUAGGUCUGUUUUUUUUAUUUGACCGAUAAUAAAGGAAUGGAUUCCAUGACUUUUUUUUACAGAUUUAUAUUCCUAUACAAAAAUAAACUUGAGCCAAAAUA